AGGUUCUGGAAGCCAAGCUGUGUGUGUACUCUAAGCGCAUGGUGGAGCAGAAGCCUGGUAACAUUCUGUAUGGGACCCAUGGACCUCUACCUCCUCUCUACAGCGUCUCUCUGUCCUCACUCUCUACACAGCUGGCCUCCAUGUACCCCGAGCUCACUCUGCCUCUCUUCUCAGAGGUGUCCCAGCGUUUCUCCACCACCCAUCCUAACGGCAGACAGAUCAUGUUGUCCUACCUGCUACCCUGGCUGUCUAACAUAGAGCUGGUGGAUACAGGCCUCCUACCCCCUGCUUCCAGCCCCUGUACCCCAGAAGAGGAGCCCCGUGGUCGGGCACACACCUUGGGUCUCGCCCCUCGGCUCCGGGGGAACGGCUGGGGCUCCCUCCAGGCCAGCUCUCUGGUCCUCAACAACCUUAUGUUCAUGACUGCUAAGUAUGGAGACGAGGUUCCAGGUCCAGAGAUGGAGAACGCGUGGAACGCCCUGGUGUCCAAUGAGAAGUGGAGUAACAACCUGCGUACAGCGCUCCAGUUCCUCAUCAGUCUCUGUGGAGUCAGCUCUGAUACCACGCUGCUGCCCUACAUCAAGAAGGUGGUGAUCUACCUGUGUCGUAACAACACCAUUCAGACCAUGGAGGAGCUGUUGUUUGAGCUGCAGCAGACAGACCCAGUCAACCCUGUGGUUCUGCACUGUGAUAACCCGCCCUUCUACCGCUUCGCAGCCAGUAACAAGAUGUCUGCUCACCACUCAG